GCCCAUCGACCGUCGUCCGUUCGUUUUUGCCGUCGGCAGUUGGCUGUUGCGCCGGGCACUCCGUCGUCCCUUACCGUCUCUACCGGUUACCGAGUACCGGCGACCGGCGUCUAGCGACCGGCUUUGGCGGCAGUUUACCCGCCGUCGACGGUUUACGUUUACCCGGCGCUGCGGUCGGCGUAACUUAAAGAUCGGCGUCGUCGUCGUCGGCUCGUCGCGUCCAUUUUCGAGUCAUUUUACUUUUUUCUCGGCUCGUGCGUGGUGACGUUCACAAAGAUACGAUGGCAGUUUGUUUCAUUUGUAAUUCAAAAUUGUUUGGGGAACGAACACGUGUGUGUUCAAGCAUUGCACCACACAGUAAUGCUUCAUACCCAGAUAAGAUUUGUGAACUUGUGGGGGAGGAAUUUGUUGUUAUUGUUACUCCCGCCGAUCACAUGUGCAAGAGAUGCACUUCACUUUUAAUUCAUAUGGACAAGCUGGAAAAUGAUUUGAAACUUGUUAAAAAUGCAAUGUUAUCGUAUAUACAGAAAAAAUAUGGAUUAUUGCCUGCUGAUCAGCCUAUUAAGUCUAUUGAAGUUGUCAAUGGGAAUAUAAGAACUGAAGAAUUGGAAGUAGGUCAGAGAAAAGUUCCUAGUGGUUUGACAGUUAGAGAACCUUCCACUAGUGCUGGUGCUUCGAGCAGUGCUUCAUCAAAAAUAAGACAAGAUUCUUCCAAAAUGAAAAUUUACAAGUGCGGUUUUUGUUCAUUUCAGUCUAAAGACCUUGGUCAUGUUCGUUUCCAUAUGCGUUCUCAUAUGAAAAAAAAUGAAAAAACAAACCAAACUGCGACAAGAACUGUAACUCAGCAACAACCUCAGCAGCAACAAAUUCAAAAUCAACCUCAACAAUUGAUGGGUAUACAAAACAAACAACAGCAACCCCAACAACAACCAUACAAACAGCCGCAGCAACAAAAAAAGCGUUUGUACAGAUGUCAAGUAUGCGCUGCUUCUUAUGAUACAAGAGUGGAUUGCCUGGAGCAUAUUCAUAAGGAUCACAACCAGCAGCAACCGGUGGCAGAGGAGAAAGAAACUGAAGUUACUUUAGAGGAAGUUGCUGUAUUCCAACCGCAUGAUGUACAGAAUUCUGUUGAAAAUCAAACGGCCACAGUAACAAAUGACGAUGAAGGACAUUUAUUGGAUGGCAAAGGUGAUAUGAACAAUACUGACACGGACUUUGAAAUGUUGUUAAAUGAUCAUGUCCCAAAUGAAAACUCGGAAGUUCCCGCUGUUCAAGAGACUCAGAAUAUUUCUGAAAACACAACCGAUCAGGCUGAACUUUUGCAAGAAAACCAUGAAAUCCCCGGUACAAAUGAAGAUAUUAGAGGAAAUGAGACUGGAACUGACCAUUUGGAUAUCGAAUCGAUGUUGGCUGCCAUUCAUAAUGAUGUCGCUCCCCCAAAUGAUGGUGAAUGUCCAGAUAUAAGCAUUCAAUAACCCAGUAAUUCAUGUUUUUUUUUUUAACAAUUAUUAAACUAUUAU